UAUUUUCAAUAGUAAGCAUCUUGAUUAGCGUCAUUUUUACCGAAUCUUUGAAAGGAAGUUCCUGUUUGUUUUCCACUAGUUACUUAAGUGCUCGCUUUUCAUUCAUAUACCAGUGACCUUCAAACCCAGACGAAUUAAAAUAAAAAUCUUGUUACUGUCACCAUCAAUAUCGACCGGUGCCAAUACGUUCAAGUUGGAAGUGAAUGUUUCAGCUGAAAUGAAGAAGAUUUUUCUAUCUGUAAUCCUAGCUGUUUGGUACUCUAGAUGGGUGGCGUCAUGGGGACAGCAACUGUGGAGGGUUAGCAUUUGUUAGUGGCUGAACUAGGUUGAAAUUUUGUUGAAGAGACUCUGCAGUAAGUUAUCAUCAUGGCGGUGGAAAGGUCUGGAAUUGCCAAAGAUGUUACAGAAUUGGUUGGCAAAACCCCAUUAGUAUACCUUAAUAAAGUUGUGGAUGGCUGUGUGGGCCGGAUUGCUGCCAAACUAGAAUUGAUGGAACCAUGCUCUAGUGUUAAAGACAGGAUCGGCUAUAGUAUGAUUAUUGAUGCAGAGGAGAAAGGUCUUAUCGCACCCGGAAAGAGUGUCCUCGUUGAAGUAACAAGUGGUAAUACUGGCAUUGGAUUAGCCUUCAUGGCAGCGGCAAAAGGUUACAGGCUUAUUAUUGUAAUGCCUGCUUCAAAUACUCUUGAAAGAAGAAUCGUUAUGAAAGCUUUAGGGGCUGAGUUGAUACUGUCAGACCCUGAAAAGGGAAUAGAUGGUGCAUUUCAGAAAGGUGAAGAAAUAUUUGCUAAGACACCUGAUGCCUACAUGCUUCGACAGUUUGAAAAUCCUGCCAAUCCCAAGAUACAUUAUGAAACUACUGGCCCAGAGAUUUGGAAAGCCACUGAAGGGAGAAUCGACGCAUUUGUAGCAGGAAUAGGUACUGGUGGCACAAUAACAGGUUCUGGGAAAUUUCUUAAAGAACAAAAUCCCAACAUUAAGGUGUAUGGUGUUGAACCUGCUGAAAGCGCCGUGCUUUCUGGUGGACAGCCUGGUUCUCACAGGAUUCAAGGGAUUGGUGCUGGGUUUAUUCCUGCGGUGCUGGAUGUCAGUCUUCUCGACGGAGUUGUGCAAGUAUCCAGCGAUGAAGCUAUUGAGACUGCAAAGCUACUUGCAGUGAAAGAAGGCCUAUUUGUUGGAAUAUCAUCUGGAGCUGCAGCAGCCGCCGCAAUUAAGGUAGCAAAAAGACCAGAAAAUGCCGGAAAGCUUAUUGUAGUGAUUUUUCCAAGCUGUGGUGAGAGAUACCUGUCGUCUGUGUUGUUUGAGUCGAUCAGACAGGAAGCUGAAACCAUGACUUUUGAGUCAUAAAAUCUGGAUAUCAAAGCUUUGAAGCUACUUAACUUCUGAUCCUGGUGCCAUGCUGGUGCCUCUCCCAAUGUCGUGGUCGUGAUUCUGAUAAAUUCGUUGAAAAACUGUAGCCAAAAAAGCCCCCAAACUUGUAGCGUCAUAUUUGAUUUUCUUUGACAGUUUGAUUCUGUUUCAAUAUUGCUGAAUAUUGCUGUUUAUAAUCUUAUUUUCUUCUAAAAGCAACAAAGGAAAUGUGGCAAUGAAAGAAAAAUUGAGAUUUCUUCUGAAAUUUUAUUCUUCUCUUUUAAA